UAAUCCAUCAUGGAUUCCCCCACUUCGUUAUCCCAGGUCUUCCUUGGUCUUCUUCUUUCCAUAGUUUUCCAUAAGUGAACUUCUUUGGUUAGUAUUCUUUCAGACAUUCUUUUUAAAUGUUCAUACAACUUCAGGCGUUUUUUCUCAAUCUCUUCCAGAAUGGUUCUUUUAGCCUCCAUCUUUUCUCUGAUGGUCUUCACUUCUGUGACUACUUUCUUUCUGAGGUUGCUUUUUAAGAUCCAAGUUUCUGACUCAUAUCUCAUAAUGCUCAGUACAAUACUAUUGUAG